UCUUCAAACCAUACAAGUGUGGUAAAAUUAUCAAAAUGGAUAAUAGGAUUCAUCUUUUUAUUCUUAUUUUGCUCUCUUUCUCAUUAAGAUGUGAAUCAUCAUGGGGUUGGUUUUCAUCAUCAAAAGAGAGUCACUCUAAUGAAAGGUCUUAUGGAAAUCAAGCAAAUUUUAAAGGUUCAAGUGCUGAAUUUUCAAUUGAACCUUUCAAUGACCCAAAAGGAAUGAAAUUAGUAGAGAAUGCUAAGAAUAAAAUGGUUGGCUCAAAUGCUUGUUGGCAAAAUGCUUAUCAACAUCUUUUUGCUGGAUGUUCCGAGAUUUUGGCUGCGGAUGAAAAAAGGUCUAGAUUAGCGUGGCAUCUAAGCGAUUGUUUUCAACGAGAUUCUGGUAGGGCUUCAUUUCCUCAGUGUGACUCAAAAACAUCAAUUGCUUCAUGCCUAAGAAACUUAGAUGAUCAUGGUCAUAAGGUUUACCUUGAAUUCUACCUCGAAACCAACUCCAUUUGCUAUCAAUUACAGACACAUGCAUUCAAACAUGAAACUGAGAGACUUGUGACUGAAUUGAAAAGUUCUGCUCAAUAUGUCGAGGAUAAGUUAGAUAGCAUCGAAGAGAAAUCGGAUCAUCUAAUACAAGGUUCAAAACAAAUUUCUGAUUCUCUUGAACAUGUCAAUACUCACACACAAUUAGUAGCUCAAACCGUUAAGAAUGUGGAAAGUCAUAUCGACGUGGUAUUAAAGCAUUCAGAGAGUGUUUACGAGCAAACUACUAAAAUAGCAGCAUCACAAUUACAACUACAAGAAGGACAAGAAGACAUGAAAAGAAACUUAGACGACGGAGUAGCGUUGCUCAAGGAAUCAUAUAGUUAUUUAGGAAAAGAAAUAGAAAAGUUAAGAGAUGAAGCCAUUGAGAUUGAGAAUGAAGUAAUCAAAGUUGGAGAUGCUAUGUCAUCAAAGAUGAACACUUUACAAAGCAAAGCUGAAGAUAUUGGGAAUAUGGCAGGGAUCUCAUUAGAUAAACAACAACAACUUUUAGAUGGACAAUCUACAGCUCUCAAGGGCUUAAAUUCUUUGAAUGAGGUUCAACUCAAAGCACUAGAAGAAAGCAGGAAAAGUCUACAAUAUUUUGCUGAGUAUGGACAUAAGCAACAAGAAGAGCUUAUACAGCGGCAGGAACAAAUGCAAGGACUUCACGAUCGAUUGAUGGAAAAUUCGAAAUCAAUAUUAUUUGCUCAGGAAUCCUUUGAAGCAAAGCAGGCUAACAUGUUUGAUGCUUUGGAGAAACUAUUUGCUUUGCAAAAUGCCAUGUUGCUUGAAUCAAGAGUUAUUAAAGCUUUCUUCAUUUAUGCCUUAUCAAUGUUGGUGAUUUUUAUGUUGACUAGCACAAAACUAACGUACAAUGUUAGGCCUUUACUUUACAUUGAGCUUUGUGCUACUCUCGCGGUGGAAGUAUUCAUUAUUCGUUUAACGAGUGACAACAUGGAGCGACAAACAUGGAUAAUAAACAAGAUCCGGUUAAUCUUCAUGAUAAUUGCUUCGGUUCAUCUUCUUUAUGCAAUUUUCACAUACAAGGACUUUGAAAGGAUGAACUAUCAAAUGCUAUUAACAUUAGUUAAUAACAACAUUCAAAAUAGAAAAGAGUCAUCUUGGGACUAUGAUAGUGAUGAUGAUGUAGAUUGGUCUCAGUGGAUAGAUAGUGAUUUAUCUGAUGAUGUGAAUUGCCUUGAUGAUCCGGACUUUAUAAUUCCAGAAGAAGUUGCAGAGAAUUCAAUGACAACUUCCACAGCUACAAAAAAUUAUAAUCUACGCUCGCGCAACCGUUUACAUUGAUUCUUCCCAACAGCGCACAAACACAUAUAUUGUGUACUAUUUUUGUAGUAAUUAGAUCUUUGAAGUCAUCUAUGUAAAUCAUUUUAUUUUGUUACUUUAAUUUCAUGAUUAAGGAUAUGAUAUACUCUUGUAUAUGUAAUGUAACGGUUAAUGUGAUUGUAGGUGAAGGUUAACAUGCUGCUUGAGAUAGACAAAAUUUAUUUUGAAUUUUUAUACAAUUAAAACUGUAAA